UAGUAGUACACUCAAUACACGAACAAAAACGGGGAUAGUUUCGGCAUCGGACCACCCAUCGUCGCCCAACGCCGUCAGUCGCCACCGACCCAGCCUCCUAAUAUGGUUUUCAGAUAUCAGUCUUUAUGACCUGAAACAUACAAACAUUCUGUAGUUUAGAAAAAUCUUUAACAAAAUGCCUCCGCGAUCAAGUACCAUAUCCAAUAACUUCAACUUCAUUAAUGGCCAACGGAAACCUACACAGAACCGGCCCACUGUCCACGGUGGUCUAUUUUCCAAUCGACAAACCCACAAUCCUAAUAAAAAUCACCACCAGCCCACCACGAAUUUCGAUCUCCAAAAAUGGAGCCCAGAAGAACACGUCACCGUCACGCCAUCACGACCCUCCCCAUCCCAACAUUUUUUCUCCGUUGCUCAAACACUCUCUCCAAUCGCCCGUUACAUUGUUGAUUCCUUCCGGAAACACAAACACUGGGGCCCAGAAGUGGUGGCAGAUCUUAAUAAGCUCCGCCGUGUUACCCCAAAGCUUGUCGCAGAAGUACUUAAAGUUCAGUCAGAUCCGGUUAUGUCCUCAAAGUUCUUUCAUUGGGCUGGUAAGCAGAAAGGGUACAAGCAUGAUUUUGCUAGUUAUAAUGCCUUUACGUAUUGCUUAAAUAGAAACAAUCAGUUUCGGGCAGCUGAUCAGGUGCCCGAACUGAUGAACAUGCAAGGCAAACCACCAACCGAGAAGCAAUUUGAAAUCUUGAUUAGAAUGCAUUCUGAUUCCAAUAGGGGUCUUAGGGUUUAUUAUGUGUAUGAGAAAAUGAAGAAAUUUGGGGUGAAGCCUCGAGUUUUUUUGUACAAUAGGAUCAUGGAUUCUCUUGUGAAAACGGGUCACUUGGAUUUAUCACUGUCUGUUUAUAACGAUUUUAAAAAUGAAAAAUUAGCAGAAGAGGGUGUCACUUUUAUGAUUUUGAUUAAAGGUCUAUGCAAGGCGGGUCAGGUUGAAGAAGCCCUCAAGCUUCUAAACAAAAUGAGGAAGUUGUGUAAACCGGAUGUGUUUGCAUAUACUGCAAUGAUUAGAAUUUUGGUUUCGGAAGGAAAUUUAGAUGGUUGUUUGAGGGUAUGGGAAGAAAUGGUGAGGGAUAAAGUUCAGCCCGAUGUUAUGGCUUACACAACUUUGAUCAUGGGAUUGUGCAAAGGGAAUCGGGUUGAUAAAGGUCACGAGUUAUUUAAAGAUAUGAAAGAGAAACGGUAUUUGAUAGAUAGGGGCAUAUAUGCAUCUUUGAUAGAGGGAUUUGUGAAUGAUGGGAAAGUUGGGGUGGCGUGUGAUUUGCUGAAAGAUUUAAUAAACUCAGGUUACAGAGCAGAUUUAGUGAUAUAUAAUCAUCUUAUAAAAGGAUUAUGCCACAUGAAACAUGUUAGUCGGGCACAUAAACUAUUCCUGGUUACAGUUGAAGAAGGUCUCAAACCGGAUUUUGGAACUGUCAGUCCAAUGUUGGGUUGUUAUACGGAUCUGAAAAAUUUUGAGGACUUCUGUAAAUUGCUUUCUCAGAUGGAGAGUUUGGGGUUCAGUUUACUUGACGAUCUUGCAAAGUUUUUCUCCCUAAUUGUAGGAGAGAAAGAUAAGGUGUUAUUGGCUUUAGAAGUGUUCGAUAACUUGAAACCAAAAGGUUAUUUUAGUGUUCAAAUAUAUAAUAUUCUUAUUCGGGCACUUUAUGAUACCAAAGAGGUGAAAAAGGCAUUAACCCUUUUUCAAGAGUUGAAGUAUUUGAAGAUGGAACCUGACUUAUAUACAUAUAGUAAUGCAAUUCUUUGCUAUACUGAAGUUGGAGAUAUUCAUGAGGCGUGUUCAUGCUACAAUGAAAUAAAAGAGAUGUCUUUCUUUCCAUCUGUUGAUGCCUAUUUGUCUUUGGUUAGAGGGCUAUGUAAAAUUGGAGAGAUCGAUUCAGCUUUCAUGCUUGUUCGUGAAUGUUUAGGUAAUGUAACAAGUGGGCCCAGGGAGUUUAAGUAUUUUUUACGAAUUGUCCAUAUGUGUAGAUCUAUUGAUGCGGACAAGGUAAUGGAUGUUAUCAGUGAGAUGGUGGAAGAUGGUUGUCAGCCUGAUGAUGUUAUACUCUCUGCUGUCAUUUCUGGGAUGUGUCAAUAUGGAACCAUUGAGGAGGCCCGGAAAGUCUUUUCAAAUAUGAGAGAGUGCAAAAUGCUUACUGAAUCGGAUCUUGUUGUUUAUGAUGACUUGUUAGUUGACCACAUGAAGAAGAAAACAGCGGACUUGGUUUUAUCUGGGUUGAAGUUUUUCGGCCUUGAGUCAAAGUUGAAAGCAAAGGGCUCAAAUCUUUUGCCUAGUUAACAACAUGGAAUCAGAUGGAGCGACGAUGUCCCAAAAUGAAACGUUAGUAGCAAGAUUUUGUGAAGAAGCAUUUCAGAAUCUGCAUUAUGUCGGUCAGUUCAGUGAAUAUAAUGGUCAGUCAACAGGCAGUUGUGGAAUGCCAAUUGAUUGUGAGAAGGAAGAAAGUCAAGGGCCAUCCUUACUCCCUAAACAUUUCGGCUUUGCAAGAUGUGUAUAGCAAGUCCUUGGAUUCCAUCUAUCUACUAGCCAUACUGAGUCUAGUAAAAGGGUUGCUAGCAUUUGGCAGAUCACAUCUUGUGUCAAUUUAAAAAUGAAAGAAAUAACAAUGAUGAAGAAAAUAGGCAUAGGUGCAUAUACCUUGAAGUAGUUCUCUUGUCGGAAUGUUCUAUCAAUGCCCUAGUCUGCAAGCCAAAAGCUCCUCCGGAAAAUGCAACACACAAGAGUACUCAGAAUGUUGCGUCAAAGGGAAGUUUUACACUACCUACACAUGCUCCCCACGUGUUUCAACCUAAACAAAGGCGACUCUAAGUCUCUAACACUCAACAGCUUCCAAAAAAGAGGGGAUGGAGUUGGCCCAUUCGAGUGCGAUAACCAAUACCACUAUGACAACACAUCAGUUAUUGUCGCACUAUCCAUCCCCUCUAGCUUGCAGGAGUUGCAAGGUUUGUAUUAGACGGUUAUGCAUCUUACCAAGUGAUGUUUAAAUCUCCCCAAUUGUCUUGUGAUACCCCUAAGGCUUUCCAGACAGCUUUAGAGGCAUCAACAAUGUUAUUACGACACGGGGGUUGAUAGUCAUGAUCCUCAUCACAACCCAUUGUAAAAUCACACUCAUCUCGACCAUAGCUUUUACGGUACGUUCGUUAUGUUUUUUUCUUUCAACUUUGACCGUAAAUAUCUUAGUUUGUAUUAUAUGGUAGUCAGCGAAAGUUAUAUC